UCUGAUAAUAUUGCAAUGUUUUGUUAAGCACACAUAUCAUACUACACAUGGCAGAGUUAUGGAGCUCUCAAACUUGUAUUGAUGCAGUUGUCUUUUUAUUUCCAUUCUCUUUUUUUUAUAUAUGAAAUUCAGCUUACAUUUAUACAUAAUGUACUUGUAUAUAACCAAGUAUAGCCAUGUUCCCUUUCUCAAGAACCCAAUGUUUUUUUCUAAUCAGGUUCAAAGCUAAGCAGAAAUUGAAAAUGUUCAUGGGAGAAACAAAUUUUCAUGAAAUUUAUACUCAGUUCUGGUUUUUGGGGAGAAAAAGAAAGAUUUGAUAUUUUACAUCUUAGUUUCCUAUAUUCUCUAGGUACCAAGUACUAGAAUACAGGCUUUUUCACACCACUCUUCUCUUCUUUAGUCAGUAGAGGUGAUGAGUGUAGGCGAACAUGGGAAUACUAAAAACUGUUCACUAAAGGAGUAGUGCAAUUUUUAUAAUAAACUGUAUCUUCUAUGUUUGUGGGGACCCAUGAACAUGUAUAAUUUUUUGGUAUCCUUAAAAGGAUCUUGAUUAUUAUUAUUUUCUUUUUUUUUUUGCUGUACGGUUGUGUCUUUAAGACAAGUAUUACACUGUGUAUGCUGCAUUCAUCUAGAGAUCUCUGUCAGAAGUGAUAGCACGUGGUCAUAUAAUGUGAGUGGAGUUUAUUCAUUUGUUGUUCUCUUUAUAUUCCAUGUUCUGCUGUGUUGAACACGGGCAGAAAAAAAAUAUUCAAAAUGUAAUUAAUUUUGGGUAGGCAGUGAUCAUGUAGAAAUUACUUUUGAUUUGGUUACAUAUAUAUGACUGAAUACAAAUUUUGAUAUGUUUUAAAUAAUGUUUUUUCUUAUUUGCUCAGACUGCAUUUAUGUACAAAUAACAUAUUUCUAGUCGGUAUGAGUUCUUUAGUACCUGUACUUAUCUUCACACAAGACUCAAUGUUGUUAGGACUUUCAAGUAACAUUCAAGACUAAACUUAAUAAGUCUUGAUAUAGAAUUUAGGACCAAACUUUAAAAUAAGACUGUUCACUGAUUUUUUGAUACACUGACCUUCUUGUUUAUGCAAUCACUUCAGUAUUCUAGUUAUAUCAUGAAUAUCGGCACAUAGAACACUUUUAGGAAUUUUACCACACUGUGAAUGGCGAAACUUUAUUAUGUGACUUGGCUCAAAUUUGUAUGAAAUAUUAAUUAUUGCUCAAUGUGUGAAAUUUGUAGACAUUUAUUUGUUCCGUAGUGACACGGUUGACAUGAGGGUGAUGUUUUGUCAACACUUUGAGAGGCUGCAACUUGUUGAUUAGAUUCACUGCAAGAUCAUUCUUCAGUGAUAACUUCAUAUUUUCAUGUCUGAUAAAUUCAAAAUACACAAGGGAAAAUUAUCAUUGCAACAUCUGAACAAUUUGGCAGCAUAUUUUCAUUUCUCCCCUGUAGGUGCCAAAUUACUUGAAAAAUGGCUCAUAUAAUUUUUUUAAUUAUUGAAAAAUUGUCAGGAAAGUUAAGACUUGAAACCUAAAUACUGAUUUGGGGCAAACGAAGAACUAUAUUAAUGAUUAACAUGCAUUUGCUAGUCCAUAGGCAGUUCUCCCAUUGGAGCCCCUCCCCUUAGCUGUAUUCCUAGGCAGCAUAGCUGUUUUCUUUUUCUUUUUUAAUUAUUUUUGCAGGGGCAGAAAGUAAAAGCUCGGCUUCAUUUUCCUCGAUAUUAUCAUUUUGUGUUUUUUCUAACUUAGUCCCUAUAAUAGUUGGUGUAUGAGAAAUGUGUAAACCCAUGAAACAUUCUUUUAGCUCUCGCGAUCAUUUUACAGUAUAUUAUAGACAUUGGUUCGCAUUAGUGCUCUGUGACGUCAUUAUGUUCAAUCACAGAGUGGGUUCUAUUUUACUUGUUAAGGCAGAUGUUACCUUAUGAUUUCACUUACAUAGUAUUUGAAUGAUUCGGUCGAGAGUAUAGUGUACCAAAGACAAUGAAUGUAUCUGAGAAAGACGGGACUUCCUCACCAGGGUAAUUCCUACUAGUGUGUUUUCAUUAAUAGUGAAAUUUAGCGCUCAUUUUUAAUGUACGUCACGUGACAUUUGUUCUGUGUUGUGAUAGGUGGACGAUGUUCUAGUAAUUUUUAAUAUCCUUUCUGCCAGUCCGAGUACCUUUCUGUACUUAAAGUUUUGUCAUGUGAAUUUUCUAGAUAUGCCAAGCCAAGCUUCUGAUCAAUUUACUAUACAUUUUACACUAUCUCUCUUUGUAUCCAUUUUCCGUUCAACCACCCCCUAGCUAUGAAUAGUUUUCUUCCACUUUGAAGAGCAAAGUCACUGUCAAUUUUAAUGCUUUGUAUUCCUGUAUUCAUUAAAGUGAUUGAUGAACAUUUAGAAUUAUGGUGGGAUUUAUUGCAUAACAUUAGGGAGUCUGAUUCUUUGGUUAUUCAGCCAUGGUCUAUCAACAUUAUGAAGUCAUAAACCAUUAUAAAUGUGAUUUUUUUACUUUCAUGUCUUUAUCCAGUCAAAAUUUUAAAAUACAUAUGGCACAACUUUUCAAGGUUAUUCGUGAUUCUGAAAUUAAACUGUCUGGGACAGUCGUUUCCAAUAAUUGUGCAAACAAUAGGUCUGCAAUUUUGUUUAGUAAAGAAAAUACUGCGUCAUUUCGUUAACGAUAGCAAAGUCUUUAAAAGCUGACAACAUAAAACAUUCACCAUUUAGAAUUUAUGCUGUAGACAUAAUAAAGGGCUUUAACACCUGAAACGUUUUCUCAUUGUCACUGAAUAAUAUUAAUACAGAAUAAUAAAGGGACCAUUGCUCGUAUAUUAGGUGUUAAAACUUGCCUAGAUUUGGCAGAAUAAAACCAAAUUACCUUUCCCUAUGAAGUCUCGAAAGCUCGUCUCUGAUAUCCAAUCUCCGAGCAAUGAAAUAAGUAUUGCAACUUUGAUGUUAUAAGAAUGUCUAUCAAGCAUGAUUAUUUUGAUAUUUUAUAUAUGUAACACAGAAAUUUUGGUCAGUUUAUAUAGAUCUGUAAAACUGUUUGUUUACUUGUAACUUUUUCCCAAUUUUGCAUAUUGUACUUAUCAGUAGGUCUUCUAUUUCCUACUAUGGUUUUUAUUUUUUUCUUUCUUUUUUGUGAUCAGUUUUUUUUCUAGGAAUCUCGUUUUGAUCGACACGCUUAUAUCUGACACAGUCAAAACAUCAUGCUUAGUCAUCUGCCCUAGCAGCUGUGCUUAACCAAGUUAAGACUUCAUUCUCAUUGUUGACAUGCAAGUUGCAAAAGCAACUCUAAAAAGGACUGUGAUUGGGCGACAUCGUGUCACGUGUCACUUGGUGGUCAGUUGUGUUUAGUGCUAUAUUGUAUCAUCGCUUUUGUUAAAAUAAAUUGUAGAAAACAUUCA